AUGUCCAAGGAUGAGGGCGCAAAGAAGCCUGCGGAGGAGGCAGCACCGGAGCAGCGCUGGAAGUUCCAGGUCUUCUACCUGUGCUUCUAUGGGUUCAUGACGCAGAUUCGGCCCGGAGAAAGCUUCAUCACCCCCUACCUCCUGGGGCCUGACAAGAACUUCACAGAAGUGGAGGUGAGCAGCCCGUACUACCUGCGCUACAAGCCGGUGCUGCUGCUGCAGAGCCUGAGCCACAUCUCCAUCUGGCUGCUCCUUGUUUGGGGCACCUCUGUCCUGGCCAUGCAAUUCAUGGAGUUCUUCUACGGCGUCACCAUGGCUGCCCGCAUCGCUUACUCCUCCUACAUCUUCUCUCUCGUCACCCCGGCUCGCUACCAGCGCAUGGCCAGCUACUCCCGCUCCUCUGUUCUCAUGGGUGUCUUUACCAGCUCAGUGCUGGGGCAGCUCUGUGUCACCCUGGGUGGUGUCCGCUUCCUCACGCUCAACUAUGUCUCCCUAGGCUUCAUGAUCUUCGGCCUAAUCCUCUCGCUCUUCCUGGAGCGGCCCAAGCGCAGUCUCUUCUUCAACCGGGCAGAUGCAGCUUGCAAUGGAGCUGCACCAACAGAGCUGGACAAAAUGGCCAAGGAGGGUGGUGAGGGGAGGUGGCGCUGGCACGAUGUGGUCUUGUGCCGCAUGCUGCGGGAGGUGGGAUCGGUGGCCAAGCAGCCACAGCUCCGGCUCUGGUCCCUUUGGUGGGUCUUCAACUCAGCUGGCUACUACCUGAUACUGUACUACGUGCAGAUCCUGUGGAAUGAGAUCUACCCUGCCAGGGACAACCACAGGGUCUACAACGGAGGGGUGGAUGCCGCAUCCACAUUGCUGGGGGCAGUCGCCUCCUUUGCAGCUGGCUACCUGAAAAUCCGCUGGACGCUGUGGUCAGAGCUGGUGAUCGGGGCUGUGACAGCCUUCCAGGCAGGGCUGGUCUUGCUCAUGAACAGCACCAGCAACAUCUGGCUGUGCUACGCGGCCUACGUGCUCUUCCGUGGCUCAUACCAGUUCCUGGUGCCCAUCGCCAUUUUCCGGAUUGCUACCUCCCUUUCCAAAGAGCUUUGUGCCCUGGUUUUUGGGGUCAACACCUUCUUCGCCACUGUCCUGAAGACCAUCAUCACCAUUACUGUGGCUGACAAGUGGGGCUUGGGCCUCUCUGUGCAUCCUCAGUUCUACGUGUACUUCGGCUACUUCACGCUGCUGGCCGUGGCCUACCUGCUGGCAGCCAUCGGCGUGGGCAUCCGGCACCACCGCCAAAAGCAGCCCACGGAGCCGGCCUUCGCCAAGGAGCUGCCCCAGCCCCCCGUGGAUGUGCCGGAGAAGGAGAAGAGGCCGGAGGCAAACACGACGCAAGCCUGA